CUCAGCCAAUGGGACCAGGGCGGGAGAUUUGAAAGUGUCUCGGCAGGGACUGGAUCAGGCAAAUUCAGCAGCUUGCAGGCGAGCAGGAGCAGUGCAGUAGCUGAGCCGCGGGCUCCAGCUCUCCUCCCCCUUUGUCUUUCCAAGGAUGGCCCAGAAGGAGAACGCCUACCCCUGGCCCUAUGGCCGGCAGACGCACAUUCCACCCUGAUCACCAGGACAAAGGCACCCUCAGAGCCACCUCCUGGUUCUUCUCAGUCUCAAUCAGGCCUAAACACCCUGCCCCAGAGAGUUCUCCGAAAGGAGCCUACCACCCCAUCUGCACUUGUCCUCAUGAGCCGCUCCAAUGGCCAGGCCACAGCUGUCCCUGGCCAGAAGGUGGUGGAGAACAGCAAUGGGGUGCCCAGCUUCAAGCGGCCCCUCACGAUUGAUGACUUUGAAAUUGGGCGUCCUCUGGGCAAAGGCAAAUUUGGAAAUGUGUAUUUGGCUCGGGAGAAGAAAAGCCAUUUCAUCGUGGCGCUCAAGGUCCUCUUCAAGUCUCAGAUUGAGAAGGAGGGCGUGGAACACCAGCUUCGGAGGGAGAUUGAAAUCCAGGCCCACCUGCAGCACCCCAACAUCCUGAGGCUCUACAACUACUUCUAUGACCGGAGGCGAAUCUACUUGAUUCUGGAGUAUGCGCCCCGUGGGGAGCUCUACAAGGAGCUGCAGAAGAGUCGCACGUUUGAUGAGCAGCGAACAGCCACGAUCAUGGCAGAGUUGGCAGAUGCGCUGCUGUACUGCCACGGGAAGAAGGUGAUUCACAGAGACAUAAAGCCAGAGAAUCUACUCCUAGGGCUCCAAGGGGAGCUGAAGAUCGCUGACUUUGGCUGGUCGGUGCACGCCCCCUCCCUGAGGAGGAAGACAAUGUGUGGCACCCUGGACUAUCUCCCCCCAGAGAUGAUUGAGGGGCGCACACACAACGAGAAGGUGGACCUGUGGUGCAUUGGGGUACUCUGCUACGAGCUGCUGGUGGGCAACCCCCCCUUCGAGAGCGCCUCCCACAACGAGACUUACCGGCGGAUUGUCAAGGUGGACCUGAAGUUUCCUCCCUCUGUGCCCACAGGGGCCCAGGACCUCAUCUCCAAGCUGCUCAAACAUAACCCAUCCGAACGGCUACCCCUGGCCCAAGUCUCAGCCCACCCUUGGGUCCAGGCCCACUCCAAGAGGGUGCUGCCUCCCUCUGCCCUUCAGUCUGCCCCCUGAGUGUCCCCAUCGUUUAUUUGGUUGUGUCUGUUUGUGUGUCUGUGUAUGUGCAAGGGGAAAGGAGGGGUCUGGCCUGUUCCUUUAUCUGUCUUCUACCUCCUUCUUAUUUAAUAAAAGCUGUAGCUUUUUGUACUGAUGAA